AUGGAAGAAGAUCAACAAGAAGCUUCAAUGCCACUAGUUCCUAUAGACAGCUUCUCUUACAGUUGGUUGGUUAACUUCCCUUCUUUAGAAGCUUCCAUCGAUGAUCAUCAUCAAAUCUUCGAAGAUUCUUCUUCUUCUUCUUCCUUCAUCGAGAUGGAUCCAAGAUUGCCUCCUUCUAGAAGAUUCUUCAUCAACAAAUCCCAUGAAAGUAGCUUCAAGUUCGAUAACUUCGUCUCUUUCUCCAACGAAGAUCAUUCUUUAGUUCACGCCGACGAGCUUUUCCGUGAUGGCUACGUAGUGCCUUAUCGAUCAAAAGCCACGUCAGCAGCCACCGAGGAAGAAUCUGAGCCGUUGGAUACGACGACGGGGAAGAAGAUUGAGACACGUGGCGUUAAGAUCAAGUCUCCUUCUUCUUGUAGAAAGUUGAGGAGAGUGUCGAAAUGGGUUUUGUUGAAGUAUCUUGAUUUCUUGACGCCAUUGUGUAGAAGAUUAAGGAGAUGUAGAUCCGCUGAAUCAUCCGGAAACAUCGGUAUCGACUCUAGGAUCCGUGUAACGACGUCGUCAAGGAGCAGAGUUUAUUCUGAAGAAGCAACGUCGUCGCCGAGAAUAAGUGUUGCCGAUGAUUACUAUUGGAGAAGGUCUUGUGACUCCGAGAGCUCAAUCUACGAGGCUGUUCUUCAUUGCAAGAAAUCAUUUGAGAAAUGA